ACCACUGGCUAUCAUGUCCAAAGGUGUUGCUCUGAUCACCGGUGCUGGCCAAGGCAUUGGCCGUGCAAUUUCUAUUCGGCUGGCUGCCGAUGGCUUUGACGUCGGACUCGGUGAUAUUCCUACCAACAAGUCUAAUCUUGAGGAGGUUGCACGGGAGAUAAGGAGUACUUACGCAGGACGAAAAGUCUGCGUACUUCUUGCAGAUGUCACAGUCGAGGAUGAUGUUCGUAAUAUGGUGGACAACACCGUGACUAACCUCGGUGGUCUGGAUGUCAUGGUCGCAAAUGCCGGUAUCCUUGUGGCCGCACCGUUGGUUGAAACUACAUUAGCAGACUGGGAGAAGAUCUUCGCCGUCAAUGUUACAGGCGUGUUCUUAAGCUACAAAUACGCCGCUCAAAAGAUGAUUGCGUUGAACGAGACCCAUAAACGAGGUCGACGCAUCAUUGGCGCCAGCUCCCUAGUAGGGAAAAGAGGUGAAGAAUACCUUAGCGCGUAUUCUGCCUCCAAGUUUGCUGUCCGAGGCAUAACGCAAUCUGCUGCUAUCGAACUUGGACGCCACGGUAUCACCGUGAAUGCCUACGCUCCAGGACCAAUCAUGACUGCCAUGGUUAACGGCCUGAAUGAGGCAAGCAUGAAACUGACAGGAUCAUCUGACCCUGAUAGCUAUAACGAAAAUGCUAAGAAGAAGAUGUGUGUCGGGUAUAUGGGGACUCCAGACGACAUUGCGGGACUGGUCUCUUACAUUGCUUCCGCAGAAUCUCAUUUUAUCACAGGACAAAGUAUCACAAUUGAUGGUGGAAUGCGCUUUGAGUAAAUUAUGCAGGAUCGAGGCUUACAUAUGCUCAGACCUGCAAAUGUAUCAUAUCUUGUACAAUAGCCUAUAUGCAUGCUCUCUAGUGACGCUCAUUCAUACCCGUU